GUUAGUCAGGUGGUGACUGUUGCUUACACAGUUACCGCAUUUGUAGACGUCGUUAUACACGGACGUCAGUAGUAGAUCGAUAUAGAAUCAACCGAUCUGAGGUAGCCACUGUGGCCUGUAUAUUAUUUGUUUCAGGUCAAGGAUGAAUCACUUUCCAGUUAAAACAAAAAGAAUAGUUUCAAAUGCUCCUGGCACAAUAUUUGGGAUCGCUCCUUAUGAUAUCAUAGAAGAUAUUCUUAUUGGCUUGGCUAACGACAAUGAGACUGUACUGGAACACUUGACAGAGCACAAUGGCGCUUUUAAACAACCAAAAGUUAUAGAACUGGUCUUCUUAUUGUCAGAACACUGGCAUCAGGACAGCUCAACUAAGUACAUUGCAGUGGAAUUAUUAGACAGGUUUAUGAUCUUACAUGUAGAGGAGCUUUAUAAAUCCAGUGUAGAAAGCAUGAACAUAUUGGAAACAGUACAGGCCAAGACAUGGAAAUCAAUAAAAGCUAGUCUGUGUGAAAUGUUCAUACUACGCAUGGUGUCCUGUAUCCAGAUCACAAGCAAGCUGCACUUCCACUACCAUAUAAUCAAUAAUAACACAAUCCUGCAGUUCCUGACAUCAUCAGGUUAUAUCUGUAAUAAGGAGGAGUUACUACAAUCUGAACUUACAGUGUUAAAAACUCUUCACUUCCAUAUAAAUAUCCACUCUCCAUUUACUUAUGUAGAAACGCUACUAGAGGUUUUAGGACAAAAUGGCUGUUCUGUUUCGUUAAAGGACAUACGUGAUAUGUGUGUAAUGGUCCUGGAUUUGGUUUAUCUUCUGAGAAAUCCUAUAUAUGACACUGUGCUAAAAGCAUCUGUGGAUCUGUCAACUCCAAAUAGCUCACAGAGGAGCAGGUUUCUGACCAUAAAAGAAGAUCAGAUGCUCCUGGCUACUGGAGUCAUUUCAGCCAGCAGUUUUAUAAUAAGCCAGGACUACUGGAACCAGGUUCUGGAACAUUUAAGUAACAUCACAGGCAUCACAGUGAACUCUGUGUUUGAAGUGUGCUCUGCAAUACUGAAGCACUGUAUAGGAGCCAUUGUCCUGCCCAGUCAUUAAGACUUGUGGCACCGAAGAAAGAAAUUAUUAAUUUAAAAAAAACUGACACCAGAGAAAAUACUUGAACCCACAUUUGCUUUAGUUUUCCCAGUCACUUCAAUAUUCAUAUCAAAUACAUUUGUUUUCUAUUUUUGAGUACUUAGAUGAACGUGGGAAACGUGAUAGAUUUAGAUUACCAAACUUCCCUAGAUCCAUAGUUGCUAGAACAUUCUAUAUUUUGCUGUUUGUAGAAUAAAUUCAUGUAUGUUUGUGUUAAGCAAU